AUGUCGUUGAAUGAGCUCGUGGAUAUGUAUAAUCGAAAGUUGAAUUCUAGUGGUAGCAGAUCAACAAUGGCAACUGACCCAUCGCAUCAUACACCUCAAUCAACAUUUACAAUGAAUACCGGAUUUGAAUCUGUAGCUGAUACAGCAAAUUCCAUGAGUUAUAAUAACAAUAAUUAUGCCUUUACCGAUAAUGCAGCAUCAGCAUUAUUAUUUGAGGCUGAUUCCUAUCGUUUUCAAUUAAAUGAUCGGGUACUUGCUGGUGACACAGUUCGACCACCUCCGCAUAAUCAACCACGUGUUGAACGCAUUAAAUUUGCUGAUAGAGUUGUCUUUUCAACUGAUACAGAAGUUGAAGAUGAUGAACAUAAUGAAGAAUAUACAACAAGAUAUCCUGAUGUUAAACCUCAAUUGAACAUAAUAAAUGCUCAACAAGCACACAUACCACCUAUUGAUAUGUAUACAAAUCCAGGAGACCAAGUUCAACGUUUAAUACAACAAGGAAAAUUGAAAAAUUUGCAUGGAUAUAUAAAAUAUCCAUAUAAUUAUAUUGAGCCUCCAUGGCAUUUCUCUCCAUUAGACGAGCAACAAGGCCAUGUCAAUCUAAAUCCACCACGAUCUCAUUUAACAGCUCAAGAUAUUGAAUCGAAUACCAUUGAUGAUUUCGAUACAAUUCAAUUACCUUACGGUGUUCCUCAAGAUAUUGUUUCUCAAGAUCGCUAUGAAUCGAUUCCAUUACCUAAAAUGGUUUAUGAGAAUUUUGUUCCAUUAAUUGCAACACGUAGAAUCGUUUGUCGUCGGCAAACAUCAGAACAUGUUUCUGGCGAAGCAUCUUUUCAACAAUAUCCAAAUCAUUCUGGCAUGGUUUCAAAAUUAUCUGAAGUUGAAGAAAUGACAUUUAAAGUUUAG